AAAACCUAGGCAAAGUUGACAGAACGGCAGAUGACAUAUUUGACGAACAUCUCCAGAACUUCACGAGACAACAAAAUGCUGCUAACAAACUACAAAAGGAAUUCAGCAACUACAUUCGUUGUGUAAGAGCUAUACAAAUAGCAUCAAAAUCAUUAUUGGAAUCUAUAGGAGAAAUUUAUGAAAGUCAAUGGUCUGGACACGAUUUACUAUUUAUGCAAACACAAUCUGUAGAUAUGCUAUGGCAAGACUUCAACCACAAAUUGGCCGAUCAAGUUUUGAUACCACUCAAUACGUACCAAGGGCAAUUUUCAGAAAUGAGGAAAAAAAUAGAUAAAAGAGGACGCAAAUUAGUUGACUAUGAUAGCCAAAGGCAUAACUUUCAGGCUUUGCAAUUAGGCAUGACUAAAAAGAGAGACGAUGUGAAAUUAAAUAAAGGCCGCGAACAGUUGGAGGAAGCGAAAAGGACUUACGAUAUGCUAAAUUCGGAAUUGCAUGAUGAAUUACCAGCUUUAUACGAUUCAAGAAUACUUUUCCUUGUAACAAACUUACAGUCCUUAUUUAGUGCCGAGCAGGUGUUUCAUACUGAGAAUGCAAAGUGACAAAGAAGUGAUUAAA